AUGGAGCGCCUGAAGAUGAGCGUCCGCGGCGCCUCUAACCAGCACUUCCAGGUGAUCAUGGACCGCUGCCAGCAAGGAAGGGAUCACGCCGAAUUCGAUACUGACGCAAAGCUAGUGACGACUGUGCCACAGGCACCGUUCCGCUGGGCGAUUCGGGGCCACAGGGUCAGUCGCGCAGGGCUAGCGGGACAACAUCGGCGGGCGGUUGGAGGCGCCGUGAGGAGGACCAGACUGGCAAAGGCGCUUGCAGCGGCGAACACAGACACAACCCGCAUCAUCAUUCAGGGACGGAGAAUGGAGGUGACACCCGCGAUCAAGACUUAUGUCGAGAAGAAGGUCUACAAAGCUGUGGAACAUUUCGAAUCCCAGGUCAAAGAAGUGGAUGUCAGUCUGUCAGUCAGAGGCGGGGACACUGGCACAAAAGGGAACAAGGAACAGAAGUCCGAGGUGACUGUGCACACACUGCGGAAUGGGACUGUGAGGGCUGAGGUAGUUGAGGACAACUUGUACGCAAGCGUGGACCUCGUCUGCGACAAGGUCCAGCGCAUGCUGCGCAAGGUCAAAGAAAAGGCCAUCCUCAAGGGAAAGUGGCCUGGUGGCGGUGGCCCGAAAGGGGGCCUAAAAGUGGGAGAGGUCUUGAACCCAGAUGGUGAGCCUCCUCCACUGGACAAGUCCCCCAAAAUGGGCCAAGACAUUGUGAGGGUGAAGUAUUUUCAACUGGAACCCAUGAACGAACAGGAGGCCAUUGAAGAGAUGCUGAGACUCGACCACGAUUUCCAUGUGUAUGAAGAUAAGAAGACGAACAAGAUCCAGGUCGUGUACAAGCGGCAAGAGCGUGGCUAUGGCCUGCUGAUACCCAUGCAGGGCGAAGGAAAAUCUGACUGA